AGUAUUCGUCUUAUAAUAAGACGAAUAAGACGUAACAGUUUUUAUAUCAUGGAUAGGCCAAUCGUGACGGUAGUACAAGGAAAAUUACAAGGAAUCUUUGAAGAAAAUGUUCUUGGUUCUCAUUAUCUCUCUUUCAAAGGUAUACCUUUUGCUGCUCCACCAGUGGGUGAAUUAAGAUUUAAGGAUCCCGAACCCCCUGCUCCUUGGGAAGGUAUUCGAGAUGCUUCCAGAAAUGCCGGUGAUGUCUGUACACAAUUGGAGCUUUUUGGAGCAUUGUCAUCUCAGACAGUUAUUGGUAGCGAGGAUUGUCUUUAUCUUAAUAUUUAUAUACCAUAUAAUAUUUAUCAAACAACAGGAAACUCAGUUAUGGUUUGGAUUCAUGGUGGAGCCUAUCUCGAGGGCAAUGGCAAUGAUACUCACUAUCGUCCUGACUACUUAAUGGCGAAAGACAUUAUUCUAAUUUCUGUAAAUUACAGACUUGGUGCUCUUGGUUUCUUAAAUCUUGAUCACAAGGUAGCAAGUGGAAAUCAAGGCUUGAAAGAUCAAAUUGCUGCUUUGAAAUGGAUCAAAGAAAAUAUUGAAGUUUUUGGUGGAGAUCCAAACAACGUUACUGUUUUUGGAGCCAGUGCUGGUGGCUCUAGCACGCAUUUUUUAAUGUUAUCGCCACUAUCUAAAGGUCUCUUUCAGAAAGCUAUUCUUCAGAGCGGUAUAAGCACAUGUGAUUGGGCGAUAAUAAAUCAUUCAGACACUAAUGCUUUUAAACUUGCAUCAAUACUUGGUGUUGAUUCUAAAGAUCCUAAAAAAGUUAUUGAAUUUCUUCGAACAGUACCAGCUGCCAAAAUUGUUGAAACGCAAUACAGAGUUCUCACUCCAGAGGAAGCACGUAUUAUUUUUAUCCCAUUUGGACCUACAAUCGAUGAUAAAGCAGAAAGACCUGUUCUUCCAUAUCCUAUUUCUCAAUUACUUGACGAUGAUAAUAAUAUACCAAUCAUGGUUGGUAAUACAUCUCACGAAUAUAUCUUUUUUCUUAAAGGUAUAACAAAAUUAAUAAAUUUAUAAUUAAAUAUUAUA